UUCUCUAAAAAAUUUGUUAGUUAACAAUGUGGCGAAGAGUGUAUCAGCUCCCUUGUUUGCAUUGUUCUUGUGUUAUGUAGGUGCUUUGUCGAUUUACACUGUAGUUGAAGUGAAUUAAAAUCUCGCAUUGCUCCAGUUCACCGUCAUGGAAAAAGUGGAAAAGAAGCUUACGCGUUUUCGAGCUAAUCUCAAGACCAAGCGGAAGCUCUCGUUGCCGAUGUUCAUUAACCACUUCAACCAACAAUGGGGAGAUAAUCAGAGCCCUGAGACGGCGGGUGCUGGGGCGUGUGACGAUCUGCAAGAGGAUGUCGAAAACCGCUGCGUGGAACCUCCUGAUGCGCAAAGCUGCUCCAAACAAAACAGACGUUACUCCUACAGCAAGAAAAAGCAUCCUAAUUCCAAGGGGGCAAUGCUCUCAACCAAUAAGGUGAACACGAAUUCUGCUAAUUUCGGAUCUCUUGCGUCCAUUGUCUUUGAAUCAGAACGCGAGGCGCUCAGGAGGAACUUGUCGCUUUCGACUUCAAGUGGCAGCGCGAGUUUCAGCUCCAGGAAUCGGACCAAUUCAACAGCUUCGUCCACGUCCUCGGACUCGUCGAGCAACUCGUUGAAUGGCGCAAUGAAACGCGACUUUUCGACGCUGCCUCAUUCCAUCUCGGCCACAACGGGCCUCCACCUCAUUCUCCCUAAAGGUCUUCGUAGCUCCUCGACUUUGCCGCUUUCGUGCGCCUCCGGAGUGCCGUCACGGGCCUUCAACAAGGGCCUCGUUAAGAGCCCCAGCGUGAACUCUUACAUUCCUUACGAGACGUCAGGUGCGCCUUUGUCACGAUACAAUUCUGCUGCGACCGCCUCGUCUCAGUGCAAAAAUUCGGUUACGGCUAACGGCUCUGUUCGCUCGAGUUACGCGGACGUGAACAGCAACAGCUUCAACAAUAACAGCAACUGCAAUGGUGAGCGAUUGUCGACGGCAAGGAACCGAGGGCGCGACCGACACGCGCAUCAUCCUCAUCUGGUCGCCACGAUAUCGUCGCCUGGUGGCAGCACUUUCACUUCGUUCGUCCUGCCUAAUG